CCGGUCUUCGAUAUAUUCCAAAUUCCAGUCUGCACUUGAAUCCAUCUCUCAAAAUGGCCUUCGCUGUCCGUAACAUCGCUCGUGCUGCUGGCCGUGCUGCCCUUCGCCCUGCUGUCCGCCAGCUUGCGAAGCCGGCUUUGGUCUCCAAGCUCCCCUCCUUGACCAGCAGGGCCUUCACUCAGUCUGCUGUCCGUCUUGGUUCCGGUGAGGUCGAUAAGGAGCUCAGCUCCAAGCUCUCCUCCGAGCUCAAGAUUGAGCAGGAGAACGAUUUCCAGACUGCUCCUGAGCAUGUCCAAGAGUACAUCGAGAAGGGACCUUUCCAGAUCACCGAUAAGGCUGGUACGGAUGAGGUUACCAUGACCAGGCAGUUCGGAAAUGAGAGCAUCAAGAUUGUCUUCUCUGUUUCCGAAAUCAACAACACUGAGGACAGCAUGAACGAAUUCCUCGAGGAUGAGGAAGUUGAGGGUGCUUUGGAGGCGGACUCUACCUCCGGUGGACGCUCUGCGGAGGCAAACGAGGCCCUCGAGGACGAGGAUUCCUUCCCCAUUCGCUGCAACAUCACCAUUAGCAAGAACAAUGCUGGUGCUUUGAUGAUUGACGCUGUUGCUCAGGAUGGUGCUUUCCUUAUUGACAACUGCCAGUACUACAAGUCCGAGAAGCUUGCUCUUGAUGGUACUGUCGAAAGUGACUGGGAUCGUCGGGGUCUUUACAUGGGUCCUCCCUUCAGCAACCUCGAUGAGGAGUUGCAGGUCAUUAUGGAGAGAUACCUUGAGGAGCGCGGCAUUGACACCGAAUUGGCUCUCUUCAUCCCUGACUUCAUUGAGUACAAGGAGCAGAAGGAGUACGUUGGCUGGCUCGAGGGCGUCAAGAAGUUUAUUGACCAGUAAACGAGUGUAU